AUGGCAGUUUGCCUCGUUCUAGGUGAUCCAGUUACAAAUACAUUCGUAAUUGAAAUCAAUCCCGAAAUAAGAAAGACAAAGCAGAUUUCACAUAUCAGAGAGAUAAUCUUUAAUGAUAAUGUGAACACCUUUUUCGGUAUUGAUGCAAAAAACAUCAAAUUGUGGAAAGUUACUAUUUCUACAAGUGAGAGAAAUGAAAAACUGGAAAUUUACAAAUAUUUUGACGAACAACCCACUAGUGGUCAUAUUCACAUAAUUGUGCAACCACCCACCGCUAGAGGUCUCGGAGGAACAACUUAUCAGGGAAAAGAACAUGGUGUUGUCUAUGAAGGUGUAGAUCUUACUCUUGGUACCAUAUGUAAGAGAGAGUCAACUAUUGACAGACUGCUUGAAUGUCUGCUUGAGAGAUAUAUUAUUCUAGUACGGUCACCACAAAUUGCCGGCAAAACUAUGGAAGGAAGAAGCAAAUCAUGGACAUUUGCAGAAAGAUUUAAAAAGCUUAUGAAUAUGAUUUGGGAUGAAUUUAUCAAUAAAUGUGGUGACAUACUAACAUUUUUGAUUAUUGAUGAGGUGCAAAAGAUUUAUAAGCCAGAGAAUGUAGACAAACCACGCCAUGGUGGAAAUGUAUUUUGGGAUUCGUUUAAAUAUAUACUACAAUCCUCAAGUCUUCAUAUUGUAGCAUUUGCUUCAUAUGGGCAUUAUGGCGCUUAUACUUCUUGUGGAGAUCAUACAAUAAUGAAUAUUUCACUAUGUUCUCUUCAAAAAUGCAACACAUGGGGAUUUGAAGAUGUUCACUUUACCAGUAAAGAGUUUAAUUGUUACUUUAAUCACUUUUGUGAGGAAAAUCUUCAAAUGUUAAAAAAAGAAGACCUUCUGCUUCUUUCUUGCUAUAUGUCUGAAAUAACAGCUUUUCAUCCCAGUUUAGUUUUCUUUACCAUGAACCAAAUUCAUAUGAGAUUCAUCAAAUAUACUUUUGAGCCUUUAACAUUUACAAAAGUUUUUACUUACCUUAAAUCUCACAAUUUUAAUGAUCAUUUCAAG